CGCCGGACAAAAAGACGGGAAAAAAAACACGGCGGACCACCACGCCUGUUCUCAGUCACGCUAGUAGUAGGAAAUCCUAGCGCGUCGCUGCUUCCAUUACCGCCUCCGCAACCAGCCCGCCGCGCCCCCGAGCGUUUCGUUCCGGGAGCGGCAAGACUGGGACACGCCAGCCCUUUAUUUCGAGCUUUCUGCGUGCGGGAGGGGGGUUGACAGGCGAUGGCGGCCGAGGGCGAGGCGGCGGCGCUGGAGUUCACACCGACGUGGAUCGUCGCGGCGGUCUGCUCUCUCAUCGUGCUCCUCUCGCUCGUCGCCGAGCGAUGCCUCCACUACCUCGGCAAGGUGACGACCGGUCUGUCGUGUCCUGCAGACGCUCAAGAGGAAGAACCAGAAGCCGCUCUUCGAGGCGCUGCUCAAGGUCAAAGAAGAGUUGAUGCUUCUGGGGUUCAUCUCCCUGCUGCUGACGGUGUUCCAGGGGAUGAUCCGGAGGACGUGCAUCCCUGAACGCUGGACAUUCCACAUGCUGCCAUGCGAGAAGCCAGAUGAGAAGGCCGGUGAGGCCGCCACCAUGGAGCAUUUUGUAGGGACGCUUGGCAGGAUCGGUAGGCGUCUGUUGCAGGAAGGCACUGCUGGGGCUGAGCAAUGCCAGAAGAAGGGAAAAGUUCCACUUUUGUCCCUUGAAGCCAUACAUCAGCUGCACAUUUUCAUAUUUGUUCUGGCAAUCACACAUGUUAUUUUCAGCGUCACAACUAUGCUUUUAGGAGGUGCACAGAUACACCAAUGGAAACAGUGGGAGAAUGGAAUUAAAAAAGAUGCUCCUGGAAAUGGGCCUAAGGUAACCAAUGUACAUCAUCAUGAAUUUAUCAAGAAACGUUUUAAGGGUAUUGGCAAAGAUUCUAUAAUAUUGAGUUGGCUGCAUUCUUUUGGUAAGCAGUUUUAUAGAUCAGUAUCUAAAUCAGAUUACACCACAAUGCGUCUUGGUUUUAUCAUGACUCACUGCCCUGGAAAUCCAAAAUUUGAUUUCCAUAGAUACAUGGUAAGGGUUUUAGAGGCGGAUUUUAAGAAAGUGGUAGGCAUAAGCUGGUACUUGUGGGUCUUCGUGGUGAUAUUUCUGUUGCUGAAUGUUAAUGGCUGGCACACAUACUUUUGGAUUGCUUUCCUUCCCCUUAUUCUUCUGUUAGCCAUUGGCACUAAGCUGGAGCAUGUCAUAGCUCAGCUAGCCCAUGAUGUAGCUGAGAAGCACACAGCGGUCGAGGGCGAUGUGAUCGUAAAACCAUCAGAUGAACACUUCUGGUUCGGCAAGCCUAGGGUUAUCCUUUACCUGAUCCACUUCAUCCUCUUUCAGAAUGCGUUUGAGAUUGCGUUUUUCUUCUGGAUACUGAGCACUUAUGGAUUCGACUCGUGCAUCAUGGGACAAGUUCGUUUUAUUGUGCCAAGGCUUGUCAUCGGGGUGGUUAUUCAGCUUCUCUGCAGCUACAGCACCUUGCCUCUGUAUGCAAUUGUAACCCAGAUGGGGAGCUGCUACAAGAAGGAGAUCUUCAACGAGCAUGUGCAGCAGGGCGUCCUGGGCUGGGCUCAGAAGGUCAAGAUGAAAAAGGGACUGAAGGGAGCUGCAUCUGCUAGCAAGGACGAAUCGAUUACCAAUGCCGAUUCGGCAGGACCUUCCGUUAAGAUUGAAAUGGCGAAGGCUGGGGAGGAUGUUGAGAUCGUUGGAAACACAGGUUGAUUGGGACAAUAGGGUGCCCGUGUUGUAAUGAUGUAACAGGUUAAUAUGCCAUCAUCUUUUUUUGUAGAUACUAGAUAGCUUGCUGUGGCAAUACCGCAAUAGCGGUGAACUAGAGAAGGUGAGUUUGGGCCCGGGAGCCUCAUCUGUUAUCGGUCCAGUAGGAAGCAAAUUCUUAUAUACGGGAUAUCGAUAAGAAAUGAACUAAGAACAUGUUCCUGGAUUCAUUACCACUAAAAAUUAGCUAGCUAAAAGCUGUUAUUUUUUUA